GGCAGUCAGUGCACCAGCUCUGGGGCAAGCCGAGGUUUCGGUCGGUGCCUGACUGAAGGCUGUUGCAGCUAACACAGGGUCUGCGAGCGUGAAUCUGCGGCCGGGGAACGCUGCCAUGGCGGGGGUGCUGAGCAGGGACACGCCGGACAUUGAGAGUAUCCUGGCUUUAAAUCCUCGAAUACAAGCUCACGCAACGCUGCGUUCCACUGUGGCCAAGAAACUAGACAAGAAACAUUGGAAAAGAAAUUCUGAUAAGAAUUGCUUUAGCUGUGAGAAGCUGGAGAAUAAUUUUGAUGACAUCAAGCACACGACUCUUGGUGAGCGAGGAGCUCUCCGAGAGGCAAUGAGGUGCCUGAAAUGUGCAGAUGCCCCCUGCCAGAAGAGUUGUCCCACAAAUCUUGAUAUUAAAUCAUUCAUCACAAGUAUCGCCAACAAGAACUACUAUGGCGCAGCGAAGAUGAUUUUUUCUGACAAUCCUCUUGGUCUUACUUGUGGAAUGGUUUGUCCAACCUCUGACCUCUGUGUGGGAGGAUGCAACUUGCAUGCUGCAGAAGAGGGACCGAUUAAUAUUGGUGGGCUGCAGCAGUUCGCUACUGAGGUGUUCAAAGCAAUGAACAUCCCACAGAUCAGAAGCCCAUCACUGCCUCCUCCAGAACAUAUGCCAGAAGCCUACUCUGCGAAAAUUGCCCUUUUUGGUGCAGGGCCUGCGAGUAUAAGCUGUGCUUCCUUUUUAGCCCGGUUAGGCUAUUCCAACAUCACCAUAUUUGAAAAACAGGACUAUGCUGGUGGUUUAAGUACUUCUGAAAUCCCUCAGUUCCGGCUGCCGUAUGAUGUCGUGAAUUUUGAGAUUGAGCUUAUGAAGGACCUUGGUGUAAAGAUAAUUUGUGGUAAAAGCCUUUCCACAGAUGAAAUGACCCUCAGCACUCUGAAGAAAGAUGGCUACAAAGCUGCUUUCAUUGGAAUUGGCUUGCCAGAACCCAAAAAGGACCAUAUUUUCCAAGACUUGACACAGGAGCAGGGAUUUUAUACAUCCAAAGACUUUCUGCCACUUGUCUCCAAAGGCAGUAAAACAGGAAUGUGCGCCUGUCACUCUCCAUUGCCAUCCAUACGGGGAGCCGUGAUUGUACUUGGAGCCGGAGAUACUGCCUUUGACUGUGCGACAUCCGCUCUGCGCUGCGGAGCCCGUCGUGUGUUCAUCGUCUUCAGAAAGGGCUUUGUUAAUAUUCGAGCUGUUCCAGAGGAGAUGGAACUCGCUAAGGAAGAAAAAUGUGAAUUUUUGCCUUUCCUUUCCCCACGGAAAGUUAUUGUCAAAGAUGGAAAAAUUGUGGCAAUGCAAUUUGUUCGAACAGAGCAAGAUGAAACUGGAAACUGGGUUGAAGAUGAAGAGCAGAUGGUGCGGCUGAAGGCCGAUGUGGUCAUUAGCGCCUUUGGUUCUGUCCUGAGUGAUCCCAAAGUGAAGGAAGCCUUGAGUCCCAUCAAGUUGAACAGAUGGGGUCUCCCAGAAGUAGAUCCAGAAACCAUGCAAACCAGUGAGCCCUGGGUAUUUGCAGGUGGUGAUGUUGUGGGUAUGGCUAACACCACAGUGGAAUCUGUGAAUGAUGGAAAACAAGCUUCUUGGUACAUUCACAAGUACAUACAGGCACAAUAUGGAUCCUUGGUAUCUGCCCAGCCUGAACUGCCCCUGUUUUAUACUCCUGUCGACCUAGUGGACAUCAGUGUGGAAAUGGCUGGGCUGAGGUUUCCCAAUCCCUUUGGCCUCGCCAGUGCCACCCCAGCCACUAGCACACCAAUGAUUCGAAGGGCCUUUGAAGCCGGAUGGGGUUUUGCUUUGACCAAAACGUUCUCUCUUGAUAAGGACAUCGUGACAAACGUCUCGCCUAGAAUCAUUCGGGGGACCACUUCUGGCCCCAUGUACGGCCCUGGACAAAGCUCCUUCCUCAACAUUGAGCUCAUCAGUGAGAAAACAGCUGCAUAUUGGUGUCACAGUGUCACCGAACUAAAGGCUGACUUCCCGGACAAUAUCCUGAUUGCCAGCAUCAUGUGCAGCUACAACAAAAAUGACUGGAUGGAACUCUCCAAAAUGGCUGAGGCUUCUGGCGCAGAUGCCCUGGAGUUAAAUUUGUCAUGUCCUCACGGCAUGGGAGAGAGAGGAAUGGGCCUGGCUUGUGGGCAGGAUCCAGAGCUGGUGAGGAACAUCUGUCGCUGGGUUAGGCAAGCUGUUCGGGUUCCAUUUUUUGCCAAGUUGACCCCAAAUGUCACCGAUAUUGUAAGCAUCGCAAGAGCAGCGAAGGAAGGUGGUGCAGAUGGUGUUACAGCCACCAACACUGUCUCGGGCCUAAUGGGACUGAAAGCCGAUGGCACACCCUGGCCUGCCGUUGGCCUUGGAAAGAGAACCACAUAUGGAGGAGUAUCAGGAACCGCCAUCAGACCUAUUGCUUUGAGAGCUGUGACUGCCAUUGCCCGUGCUUUGCCUGGGUUUCCUAUUUUGGCCACAGGUGGAAUUGACUCAGCAGAAAGUGGACUUCAGUUUCUUCAUAGUGGUGCUUCAGUUCUCCAGGUAUGUAGCGCAAUUCAGAAUCAGGACUUCACUGUGAUUGAAGAUUACUGCACUGGCCUCAAAGCCCUGCUUUAUCUGAAGAGCAUUGAAGAAUUAGCAGACUGGGAUGGGCAGAGUCCAGCCACUCCGAGUCAUCAGAAAGGGAAACCAGUUCCACCUAUUGCUGAGCUCACAGGACAGAAACUGCCAAGCUUUGGACCUUACCUUGAGCAGCGCAAGAAAAUUAUAGCGGCAAAUAAAAUCAGACAGAGAGAUCAAAAUGGAGCUUGUUCACCACUGCAAAGGAAGCACUUUGUCCCUCAAAAGCCUAUUCCUGCCAUUAAGGAUGUAAUUGGAAAAGCAUUGCAAUACCUGGGAACAUAUGGUGAGCUGAGCGGAGUCGAGCAAGUUGUGGCCCUGAUCAAUGAGGAAAUGUGCAUCAACUGCGGCAAAUGUUACAUGACCUGUAACGACUCUGGCUACCAGGCUAUACAGUUUGAUCCAGAAACUCACCUGCCUACUGUUACCGACACAUGCACGGGCUGUACACUCUGCCUCAGCGUCUGCCCUAUUAUCGACUGUAUCAGGAUGGUUUCCAGGACAACACCUUAUGAACCAAAGAGAGGCUUACCCUUAGCUGUGAAGCCAGUGUGCUAAGGUGAUUUGUCAAGAGAGUUGCUGUGAACUUUGAUGUUAGCGACAUAGGCUGAUCUUUAAACACAGCAAUGAAUAAUCACUGUGGUCAGUUCUUUCCAAACUUUGUAGCUAUGCAUAUAUAAUUUCUAAAUAAAUGUCUAAAUUGGAAAGCAAUGUCUAAUGCCGGUGACCAAUUAAUGGUCAUAAAAUGGAAUCAUUCUUUUCUGAGGUAGCUGGUGAGUAGCUGCAUCCCAGUUAAUUGGAUGUGCUCCAGCAGUUGUCUACUGUGAAAAAUUAACUUUUUCAUGGCAAUUAGUGUGACAAUUUCUAAAUUGCCCUAUGCCGUGCUCAUUCUUUGCUUUCUAAUUGUAAGUGAAAUGAACUAUUUUGGAACAAAGUACAAUUUCAUAUACAGGAAACCGUUCCCAAGGAAACACUUUGUAAUUAAAAAUUACCUGUAAUUUUGACACCAUUUCUAAGGACAUGUAAUUAACUCCAUUAAGAACAACCGAAGAAAGUCAAGUCAUUAUUUACUAUGACAAGGGGAACAAAACCUGAAAGAGGGUUUUCUAGAAUUUUCUUAAGACCCCUUUUGCUGAAGUGAGUCACUCUUUGGUGCGGGACACUGAAAGAGAGAUUAUUUCCUGAUUUAAAUGCUAUUCACCACUCAUACAUGACACAGGUGUCCAAAUUGCUUAUGGAUGGACCACAUCUCAUUUUUGGUUGAAUACUGAAGCUAUGUGCCUAAUCAAAUAAGAUAUUAGGAUGGAUGUCUGGUUAAGGCCACACUUUCACUGUGCAUGAACUCCUCUGUCUGCUUUUCAUAGUUACCUUCAGCAGGAGAGCAAUUAAUCUUCUGACAAGACUCAGGUUACACAGCACUGAGCUACAGGCUUCACAUUCAACAAUGAAAAACAUCAUAUCUGCAAUUGAUAUAAUGAGAAGAGCCUUUCUGACUACUACUCUUUGCUUUGAUGCUUACGUGAUUUCAAAAUUAAUGAAAUAGAAAUGUGCAUUUUUGAUAUUGAUAAAUAUUUUUUGAUUUCUUUAUUUUCAUAAUCAGUAAACAGCAUAAUAUAACUUCAUUCCUUCCUUCCUUAUGGCACAUUUUAAUGUGAAUCUAUAGGAGGUAAAUCAGAAAAUGACAAUCCAUGGCAUAUUUUCAAUGAUAAAUGUAUUAGCUAGGAGUGCAUUUUGAUAAAAAUCUGUAUGACCAAAUAAUCACAAAUAAAAUUUUAUGAUCUAUUUUCAA